AAAUCACCCUAGUCAGAUCAAGAAACGCGACCACCUGCCCGAACGCAUUUGAUCGAGGCCGGACGACGAUGCUGGCCCAGACAGCUCGACGAAGCGCUCAAUAUGGCGUUACCCACAGCUUUGCCGUCACUAGAGGCUCUGGCUUAAUCAGUAGCCGCUAUCAGACAAUGGUGAAGCCUGCGAUGACUGCCCCUACCAAAACCACGCCGCUAUUGUCGCGUCUCGGGCUGCAGGCGACCAAGACGCCAAAACAGCCGCUUGUGUACUCCACGAAAGCUCGGAAGUUUGCUGCCUCCACGGCCACGAUUGAGAACGUGGCGGCCAACCGGCCGGUCGCGUACUGGAUCUUCGGUACGGCGGCCAUGGUUGGCGGUAUGAUUGCUGUCGGUGGUGCCACUCGCCUUACCCGAUCGGGUUUGUCGAUGGUGCAGUGGAAGCCACAGGGCAGUCUGCCGCCCAUGACCCCUGAGGAGUGGGAAGCGCAGUUCGAGAUCUACAAGCAAUUCCCGGAAUACCAGCAGCGCAAAAACAUGACGGUGGAGGACUUCAAGGGCAUUUUCUGGUGGGAGUAUGGUCACCGUAUGCUUGGCCGCACCGUCGGUCUGGUGUACACCGCGCCAUUGAUCUACUUUAUGUUGCGGAAGCGUCUGCCUCGGGAGCUGUACACGCGCUUUGGUGUGCUGUUCAGUCUGGGAGCUGCUCAAGGAGCCGUCGGCUGGUGGAUGGUGCGCAGUGGUUUGGAAGAGCACGGCCACGAGCAACUGCAGAAGCGCAAUGAAGUGCGCGUCAGUCCCUAUCGUCUCGCUACUCAUCUUGGAUUUGCCUUCACGACGCUGGGUGUUCUUCUAUGGACGGGUUUCAACCUGGUUGCACCUCCGUCACGUGCGACAAUGACACGUGAGAUGAUAUCGCCGGACGUGCUGAAGCAGGUGACUCGUAUCCGUAAGAUUCUGGGCCACGUUUCCACUGCUCUUGGCUACACUAUCCUCUCUGGCGCGUUCGUGGCGGGUAUCGACGCCGGUAUGGCAUUCAACACGUUCCCGAAGAUGGACGAGCAGUGGAUUCCCGACGACUUGUUCGUUCUUGAGCCCAAGUAUAAGAAUUUCUUCGAGAACGUGCCACUCGUGCAGUUGGACCAUCGUGUCCUUGCACUGAGCACACUCACGGGCUUCACUGGUGUGUACGCGAUGGCGCGCCGUCAGCACAUCUGGAACCAGCUGCCUCAGCAGUCGCGUAACGCGCUGAACAUGGCGCUGGGUGCUGCCAGUGGCCAGGUGCUGCUGGGGAUCACCACGCUGAUCAACUGCGUGCCAAUUCCGCUCGGCAUCGCGCAUCAAUGCGGCGCGAUCGCACUCAUGACAGCCACGCUCUGGUCUCAGCACACACUCAACUUUGCCAAGCCGCUCAAGAAGGCCGCUCAGACCGCCAUCAAGGCCGCACCAAAGACACUGUAA